UGAGGGGAGAAAGAAUGCACGCACUGUCAAGUAUACCUGUCCUCAUCGUUGUAUUCCAGCGCCUCCAACCCAUUCGUAUCUUCUCGAUACAGCUCCACUUUAACAACAAGAUGCCAUGGGACCAUGAUCUGGCCAACGAACCUUCCGUCUGGAUUUUCGUCGGGGCCGAUACGAAACUCUUCAGUGUUUACGAGGAGAAUAUUGAGCGGCUUGUCCGUGCCAGCAAAAGAACCAAUGAAGACACGGCCAUCGGUGACUGUGAUGCGUAGAAUGCGACGAAAGAAGGAUUCGAGAGCGGCGAUAUUGGCAGACAUGGUGGUGGUCGCGAAGCAAGCUGCAAAGGGCAUUCACCGAUCAGUCUUGUCCAUAUGCGUCGAUGAACCCUUUUGAAAGCACCGUCUCUCUAAAUAUGCAAGGCCGGUUCUCUACUUCGGAUACACACAAGUAUUCUGUUAUUCUGCCCACGUACAACGAGCGCAAGAAUCUGCCGAUUAUUGUUUGGCUUUUGGCUAACGUGUUUGAGGAAAAUAAACUUGCUUGGGAGAUUAUUGUUGUUGACGAUGCUAGUCCUGAUGGAACCCAAGAGGUGGCAAAGGAGCUAGCUGCUGUCUACGGCGAGGAUAAAAUUGUCCUCAAACCACGUUCUGGUAAACUGGGAUUGGGGACAGCCUACAUUCAUGGACUCAACUUUUGCAGCGGAGACUUUGUAAUUAUUAUGGAUGCUGAUUUCUCCCAUCACCCCAAAUUUAUACCCCAAUUUAUUCGCUUGCAGAAGGCACAUAAUCUCGAUAUCGUGACGGGGACACGAUAUCGCUCGACGUCCAAACCGUACUUGGCCGACGCAAAGCCAGGUGGUGUUCAUGGCUGGGACCUUCGACGGAAGUUGGUGUCUCGGGGAGCGAAUUUCUUGGCGGACACGGUGCUCAGUCCAGGUGUCAGCGACCUUACUGGAAGCUUCAGAUUGUACCGAGUUGGAGUCCUCCGUCAUGUCAUUGCAGAAACUCAGUCGAAAGGAUAUGUUUUCCAGAUGGAAAUGAUGGUACGGGCAAAGGCUCUGGGGUAUUCUGUAGGAGAGGUGCCCAUAACGUUCGUGGAUCGGAUAUUCGGUGAGAGCAAGCUGGGUGCAGAUGAAAUUGUCGGGUAUGCGAAGGGAGUCUGGGCUCUGUUUACUAGUGUCUGACUUGACAAAUAUUGACAUCAUUAUCUUAUGAUAUAAGGUUCCCUAAGCCCUUUGACCUUGUUCACCAAUUACCACCAUGAGCGUCCUUUUGCAG